ACUCUGCCUUCAUCCAGCCGAGGAGUCGGAGCAAAGGCAGAGUCUGGCAGAGAAAACCAAGUGUUGCCAGAGCUGAGUCUGCAUCUUGCAGUCCCGGUCUUGAGGUGCUUUUUCCCGCUGUCCCUCGCUCAGAUCGCCCAGGCAUUCCCUUAGCAAGCAGCGAGGAUGGAUGUCUUUAAGAAAGGUUUCUCCAUUGCUAAGGAAGGUGUGGUGGCUGCUGCAGAGAAGACCAAGCAGGGAGUGACGGAGGCUGCGGAGAAGACCAAAGAAGGGGUGAUGUAUGUAGGUACCAAAACCAAGGAAGGUGUAGUGCAAAGUGUGACCUCAGUUGCUGAGAAAACCAAAGAGCAGGCCAACGUGGUGGGAGAAGCUGUGGUAGCCAGCGUGAACACAGUGGCAAACAAGACUGUAGAAGGAGCAGAGACCAUCGUGGCCACUACAGGAGUUGUAAAAAAGGAGGACCUGGCUGCGCCGCAGCCGCCCGAGCAGCCGGGGGCGGCGGGAGAGGGGACCCCGGCGGGAAGCACAGGCGGAGAG